AUGACAGGUUACACUGCAGAGGUUCUCCUUACUGUCGUCGCUGUCAUUGGGUUGAUAUUUUGCUUCGUGACGGGACCAUGGGUUUAUCGGCUUUGGACCACUCGCAGCUUGUAUCUCAAGGACUUCGAAAAGCUCUCUGCACAAGCAAGGAAACUUAACAACAAAACCACGGAAAUCAUUGAAGCUGUCGCGCGCGACAGCACAGCGGCAGAUUGCAUCCAACUCACCAACAAGGAACUAGUAAAUACAGCAGCCGAAUGGGAUAAUGGUAUCCGAACCGCGCUUGUAGCCUGGGAAGAUUUCAUUGAAAUGCAACGCUGCCGAAAUAAGGAACCUGUGGUGGAUAUAGAAAAACAGAAAAGGAAGAAUGCAAUUCAUCUAGCAAAGCAGAGGAGAAAGCAUGCAAAGUUCAUGAUAAAAUUCAUGAGAGCCAAGGUCCUCGAAGGCAUCAGCCAGAGGGAAGACCUCAAUGCGCAGCUGCAAAGAAUUCAUAUGGCAGUGAAAACACGUAGUAAUAGGUGGGAAGCCGAGCGCGCAAAUCAAUAUCUGAAAGAUGAUCUCGAGAUUCAGUUCGCAAAGAACGUCGUGCCCAGCGAUUCGUCGUCAGUGAGGUCGUCUUCGACAUACUGCUCCGCAGAAGAAACACCGUCUUUCAGCCCCGUUGACGUAAUCGAGCCAGUAGAACAGAGAAUGCAUCUAUCUUCCAACUCAUUUGGUGUUCAGCCGACGAUACAGGGCAAAGCCCAGGCCGGGAAAUGA